AUGGAGAAGUCAGAAAAUCGGCCUUAUGGCCAAUACCACUAUGUUGAGAUCCCAACUUCUCCCGAUGCGACCCCGAUGCAUGCCCGACGCGGUCGCAUCUCUCGACUCGCAGUUGCCCUGAGUUUCAUCUCCUUGCUCACGCUAAGCACCGUGUUCUUCGCCAUCCCAGGCAUCAAUUUCUCUGUCUGUCACAAAAUGAGGGGGAAAUUUGGUGCGCUUUUAUCCACUCCGAAGGGUGGUGAGACACCUGUGCCGGCAUCAAGCAACAAGGUCCCGCUUGAGGCUCAUAUCAUGAGCAAAUGUCCAGAUGCGCAGGACUGUCUCCAGAAACUGGUUGUUCCUGCUAUGGAGCAGAUCAGUGAGAAAGUCGAUUUCGAGUUGUCCUUCAUUGCAAGCGUCACUAAUCAAUCAUCUGAUAUACAUUGCAAACACGGCCCUGGCGAAUGCAUUGGCGACAUGCUUAUGCUUUGCGCUCAGGACCUACCUUUCUCACCUGAGGGUGAGACCGAGAAAACUACUCGCAUGCCCACCAUCCGUUCCCUCGGAUUUGCCAAUUGUCUUGUCGGCCAGUACGAGGAUAUUCCGGACCGCACGCUAGUUCAAAACUGCGCCUUACAACAUGGUAUUGAUUUUGAAUCUCUGAACAGCUGCGUCAGCAGGCAGGAGGAUGAUCCCACCAAUGGCGACUUAAGUGGUCUCGCAUUGUUGCGUCAAAGUGCCGUCCAUAGUGCAGACCUUGAAGUUCAUACGAGUUGUACUGUCCGGCUGGACGACUCUGUUUGGUGUGUCCGUGAUGACGGAGAAUGGAAGAACUGCGCUAAGGAAGGCAAAGGCAGUCAAGUAUCUACACUCGUGGAGGAAAUCGAAAGACUCUGGGACGAGAAGAACUAA